CCCCAUCCCCACCACCACCCCACCCCCCACCAAUCCCCUUCAAUUCCCGUUCUCAUUCCCUCUCGUGAGAGAGGUUUACGAUCGACAAAAUCUGCCGCAUUUUCUCUCUCUAAAAAUCUUCUUCCCUGAGCUCGUAGAAUCUCUCUCUGGAGACGUUCAUCAUUCUCCCAAGGCAUCAGAGGCGCGGAAAAUCUCUCGAGCCAUUCUGGGAAAUCGUUCCAGUUGGAUUGACUUGGCAUUUCUAUGGAAUAUGGACUCAUAGACAGCAGCGGCACUGAUGAUGAUAAUCCUCAAAUAGUGUAUAAUAGAGGCACAGUAGGAGGUCGUGUGGCAGGGAACGGAAGAUCAUUUCUACCAUCAGCCCCAUUUCAAAGGAUUCAAAUUGAUAUGGAAUACGAAAUACAUAAUCUGGAACAGAUUGCAUAUGGUGCUGUUCUACGAGCUUUCAAAGCACAAUCUGAUGCUCUUACAUGGGAGAAAGAGGGCCUUAUAACAGAAUUGAGGAAGGAACUGAGGGUAUCAGACGAUGAGCACCGAGAACUACUUAGUCAGGUCAAUGGUGAUGACCUCAUUCGCAGAAUCAGGGAGUGGAGGGAGGCAGGUGGUAACCGAAAUGUAGCCCCCAAUGUCCCCCAGCAUAUAAACAAUCAGUUACCAAGUCCCACAGUUUCAGCUUCUCGUAAAAGGCAAAAAACUUCCCUAUCAGGAAAUCCGUUCAAUGCACAUUCUCAGGCUUUACUUUCUCAGCCAGUGGCUGGUAGCACCCUGCCAUUAAAUUCAGUUGUGAAACGAGGACCUUCUUCAGGGAUUGGUGGGAGAAGGCCGAAUGUUGGUCAGCCAGCUUUCACUUCAGGAAAACCCAUGCAAUAUCAGUUUGGUGAUCAUGUUUCUUCUGGGGCUCCUAUGGAUGAUCCUUCUGAAAGCAUCCAUGAGUCCUUGAUUGGUAGGCGGGUGAUGAUAAGAUGGCCUGCAGACAGCAACUUCUAUGAGGCUGUCAUAUCUGAAUAUAAUCCUGUAGAUGGCCGUCAUUCUCUGGUUUAUGAUAGCAAUCUACCGAGUGAGACUGUGGAAUGGGUUAACAUAAAAGAGGUUCCCCCUGAGGAUAUUCGGUGGGUGGGCGAGGAUCCUGUAGUAUCUCGACUAGGAGACACAGGUGGGCCCAACCCUGGCAGAGGGAGAACAACCUUAAUGAACCAGUAUGCCAAUGAAAUGCGGCCUUCACGAAAUGGGGCUGUGAAGGAGGAUUCUGAGGAAAUCGAGAUAUUGCAUACUGAUACAUUAAUUAAGAAGGUGGAGAAGGUGCUUGAAGCAAGUCAUCCUGAUGCAUCAGAGAUUGACAAGGCUAAGAAAAUGCUCAAGGAGCAUGAACAAACGUUGGUUCAAGUAAUUCAAAAACUUGUGGAUGCCUGUGAUAGUGGUAAGAUCAUUUUAAUUGUCGUUUUUUGUUCCAUUACUAUGCGUUUUUGCUUUUUGUCAGACUACAAUAUAACCUCUGAGGAGAAAAUGAAAAUAAGAGCCUUGUUUACAUUCAUUCUUACCCAUAUAAAUUCUUCAUUGCAUUUCCAUUUUGGCAUCAGACGACGAGCAGCAACAGCAGACUACUGAUUAUCGUGGCCGCGGCAACGAGCUCGAGAUUGCUGGAAGGGCUGGGAGUUAUGAAUUGGCUAGAGGUUGAAAGUGAUGCAGAAUUCCUACAAAAGAUUCUAAUGGAUGUCCAUAGUUUAACCCUAAACUGCCUUGUGUUGUUAGCCUCUUUAGAUUCAUGUGAUUAAUGUAACUGGGUGCUGUGAUUAGUUUGCCUCAUGGGGGAAAGAAAAUUUUAGGGUAUGUUAGCAAUUGUUUUAGUUUUCAUGUAAACAGAUCAAUUUCUAUACCUUUCUUUGAUUUGGAUGUGUAGUAAGAUAGAUUAUUUCCUGUACAUCAAGAAAUUGUGAUUCAGAAAUGUCUGUUGCAAUUAAUUUAUGUUUUGCUUCAUGGUUCA